AUGAAUAAAUGCAUCACCAGUGAUCUACUCAAGGAUAUCCCCUUAACUGGGGUCCUGAGUGGGAGAGAGAGUGGGAGUGGCAGCGGAAAUGGAAGCGCCAGUGCAAGUGGAAGCGUUGUUGGAAGCGUAACUGUCGAGCCAGAGCUUGUGAAAGGAGAACCCCUCCCGCCUCCAAAAGAAGUUAUCAAUGGAAACAUUAAAACCUUGACCGAGUACAGAGAAGAGGAGGAUGGCCGCAAGGUGAAGAUCAUCCGUACCUUUCGCAUUGAGACCCGUAAGGCCUCCAAAGCUGUGGCAAGGCGAAAGAACUGGAAGAAGUUUGGCAACUCAGAGUUCGAUGCCCCAGGUCCCAAUGUGGCCACAACAACUGUGAGCGACGAUGUCUUCAUGACUUUUAUUACCAGCAAGGAGGACUUGAACUGCCCAGAGGAAGAGGACCCCAUGAACAAGCUGAAGGGGCAGAAGAUAGUGUCCUGCCGGAUCUGCAAGGGUGACCACUGGACCACUCGCUGCCCUUACAAGGACACCUUGGGACCCAUGCAGAAGGAGCUGGCUGAGCAGCUGGGGCUCUCCACAGGAGAGAAAGACAAGCUGCCCGGAGAGCCAGAACCUGUUCAGGCCCAGCAGAACAAGACUGGGAAAUAUGUCCCACCCAGUCUGAGAGAUGGAGCCAGCCGCCGGGGGGAGUCCAUGCAGCCAAACCGCAGAGCGGAUGACAAUGCCACUAUCCGUGUCACCAACCUUUCUGAGGACACCAGAGAGACUGACCUGCAGGAGCUCUUCCGUCCCUUUGGAUCCAUCUCUCGGAUCUACUUGGCCAAAGAUAAAACCACCGGCCAGUCUAAGGGUUUUGCCUUUAUCAGCUUCCAUCGCCGCGAAGAUGCUGCCAGAGCCAUUGCAGGAGUGUCUGGCUUUGGCUAUGAUCAUCUGAUCCUAAAUGUGGAAUGGGCAAAACCUUCCACCAAUUGAGUCCUGCAGCAUUUAUCUCCGGACAUUACUCAGUUGUUCUUCACUGGAGAUAAUCGUCAUUAAUAAAGAAUUCAUUCUAGC